AGAGGGUAGGGUGGUGGAGUGGUGCCGAAGUGGCCGUUAUGAGGACCCUGAGAAGUGAAAGCGCUCGCCUUCUAUGGCGGAGGGGUGUCAACUUUAGCCCGCAGAGCUUGCUCAGCAUCACUGAUUCCUUGCCCCAGCUGCGCGGCCUGCACCGCCUGCCUCCGAUCAUGGCCAUGCAAAAAAUCGUUGCCCGAGAGAUCCUGGACUCCAGGGGCAACCCCACGGUGGAGGUGGACCUGCACACCGCCAAGGGUCGAUUCCGAGCAGCUGUGCCCAGCGGAGCUUCCACGGGUAUCUAUGAGGCGCUGGAACUAAGAGAUGGAGACAAAUCCCGCUAUCUGGGGAAAGGAGUGCUGAAGGCAGUGGAGCACAUCAACAAGACCCUAGGCCCUGCACUGCUGGAGAAGAAACUAAGUGUUGUGGAUCAAGAAAAAGUUGACAAAUUUAUGAUUGAGCUGGACGGGACAGAGAAUAAGUCCAAGUUUGGGGCCAAUGCCAUCCUGGGUGUGUCCUUGGCUGUGUGCAAGGCGGGAGCAGCUGAGAAAGGGGUCCCUCUCUACCGACACAUCGCAGAUCUUGCAGGGAAUCCUGAUCUCGUACUUCCUGUGCCUGCCUUCAACGUGAUCAAUGGGGGCUCUCAUGCUGGAAACAAGCUGGCCAUGCAGGAGUUCAUGAUUCUGCCAGUGGGAGCCAGCUCUUUCAAAGAAGCCAUGCGCAUUGGCGCCGAGGUCUACCACCACCUCAAGGGGGUCAUCAAGGCCAAGUAUGGGAAGGACGCCACCAAUGUGGGGGACGAGGGCGGCUUUGCACCCAACAUCCUGGAGAACAAUGAGGCCCUGGAGCUGCUGAAGACAGCCAUUCAGGCAGCUGGUUACCCAGACAAGGUGGUAAUUGGCAUGGACGUGGCAGCAUCUGAAUUCUACCGCAAUGGGAAGUAUGAUCUGGACUUCAAGUCACCUGACGAUCCUGCCCGGCACAUCAGUGGGGAGAAGCUCGGGGAGCUGUACAAGAGCUUCAUCAAGAACUAUCCCGUGGUCUCCAUUGAAGACCCCUUUGACCAGGAUGACUGGACCACAUGGACCUCAUUCCUCUCUGGAGUGGACAUCCAGAUUGUGGGAGAUGACCUUACAGUCACCAACCCUAAGAGGAUCGCUCAGGCUGUUGAGAAGAAGGCCUGCAAUUGCCUGCUACUGAAGGUCAACCAGAUUGGCUCAGUGACGGAAUCCAUCCAGGCCUGCAAACUGGCACAGUCUAAUGGCUGGGGGGUGAUGGUGAGCCACCGUUCGGGGGAGACUGAAGACACUUUCAUUGCUGACCUCGUGGUGGGACUCUGCACAGGACAGAUCAAGACUGGUGCCCCAUGUCGUUCAGAGCGUUUGGCCAAAUACAACCAGCUUAUGAGGAUUGAGGAGGCUCUUGGAGACAAAGCUGUCUUCGCUGGACGAAAGUUCCGUAAUCCAAAGGCCAAAUGAGAAGCUGGAGGCUCCGGGACACCACAGAACAGGCACAGGCCUUCAAGCCCUUCUCCCUGAAAUAAACACUGCCAAACAAGA